AAUGAAGAGGGAGGAAGAGAGAACGAGACAAGCUCUAAUCUGUGCUCAUGGUCUGCCGGUAGUGACAGGACUUCCUCAGACUUUUUUUUUCCCCCCUGGUUGGAUUAUAUGUGUUUUUUAGAGUAUCUGAAUGGCUCAGAGUGAGGCGCAAAAGAUUCCCAGCCCUGGGAAAAGUCUAAGAGUGUGUCCUGGAAAAGAGUGAGGAGCGGAGGAGGGAAGCCAGCUGUACUUUUUCUCCUCAUCUUCCCCCCGGAGUGCCGGCGUUUUUUCUGUGGGAGAAUGGGGGCAGGAGCUAUGACCAUCUGUCACAACAAGGCGGCGGUGCAGGUUAAAGAGGACAUGAAGAAGAUGGUCCAGAUGCCCAUCCUGAGACCCAGGAUAGUCGCAGCCAAGCACACCAAAGUGUUUGGAGCGUCUCUGUUUGCGCUGCGAGAUCAGGGGCUGCUGGAGGAUGGAGUGCCUCUGGUGGUGCGGAGGAUGGUGGAGCAUCUCCGCAAGCAUGCACUGCAUCAGGAAGGUCUGUUCAGGGUAAAUGGAAACGUCCGUGCUGUGGAGACCCUGAAGCAGCAUUUGGAGGGUAGUGGUGAUGUGAACCUACUCUCUGAAUCCGAUUCCUGUACCGUUGCCAGCUUGCUCAAACAGUACCUGAGAGAUCUCCCCGGGGGUCUGGUAGUCGUGACAGUCCAGCAGGCACUAAUACAGCACUAUCAAGAACGUGGUGGCGAUGAUGACACCUGGGCAGACGUGAGACACCUUCUCCUGCAGCUUCCAGAUGUCCACUACAGUCUCCUGCACUACCUCUGCCACUUCCUCACCCUUGUGGAGAACAACCACAAGGACAACCGCAUGACUGCCCUCAACCUCGCCACUGUGUUUGGACCCAGCGUGUUCCACGUGGCUCCUGGAUUUGAAGCACUUAAGGACCAGAACAUCUGUAACAAGAUCAUGGCCAAACUUAUCCAGAACUACAACAAUAUUUUUGAGACCAACACAGACAGAGAAGACUACGCAAAAGAAGAGGCAUCGCCUAUCAUUGCCGAGGAGACUCAAGUGGCAGAUGCAGACACAAAGAAUUCAUCCAGCCAUCUCGAUGCAAAGACAACAACCCCACUUACCAGGAUGAAAGUAAAGCCUAUUGGCCACCUAAACCAACCAGGAAAUGCAGAACUUCCGAAGAAAUCCUGCGCUAAGACUCCAAAUGCAAAAGCAAGAAAAAAGAAGGUGAGGAAGGGGAAAAGUGACGGCAUGACUCAAGUGGUCCCCCAACCCAGCCUCUCUUCCAGGGCGCCCUACCACGCAAGACCUUUCUCCAUACCAAUAGUUUUGCCCCUGACCUCAGAGCUAAGGACCCCCAGCGCAGAAGCAAUGGAAACUACACCCAUGUCUUCCCAAGCCACCUCGGACACUGCCUCCCAUGUAGACCCCCAAGAGGUCAGCCUCUCUGAAAGCAUGAAGGGCCUCAGCAGCUCCCAAGAUGAAGACAGACCAGUAUCUCCUUUCUACAUGAGUAACCACCUCUCCCCCGUCCACUGCAGACCUGAUGUGGUAAAUUUUCUGGACAGGACCAUACGCUCAGCAGUGGAGCAGCACCUCUUUGAUGUGAACCCCUUAGAGGAUCAGCAUUCAGACACACACGAAUCGACCCCGUGCCCUUCAAGGGUGACACCAACAGCGAGACAGAGACGUAGGCACCAAAGAGAGCAGCAGCAUCAGGAGGAGGGCCAGAAGCACAGGGAAAAAAACAGAGCGCCUUCCGUCACAGGAGACACCAACAAGGAGAACGUCCCGUCGAGCAGCGGCAGCAGUUCAGGCAGCGUGGGGGAAGACAUGAGCAGCCGUGUGGACUCACAGGAAGGCCAGAGAAGUCACGCUGAGCGAACCCCCAAACCCAGGAAGCCAAAAAAGAGCCCAACUCUCAUGCAGCUAAGCAAGAACACGGCUGCCCACGCAACGUUGAAGACGAUGAAGAUCCAGGAGUCGCUGGUCACUUGUGACGCGGGUAGGGUCGGCGGAGAGGUGCGCGGCCCGGACUCAGACUGCGAGAAGACAAGCUGUGAGGACGUGCCCCGGUUGGACCUGACAGCACUGACUGAGGACAACAACUGGGGAGAACCAACCCCGGCAUACUCGCUGCAGAGGGAGAGCAUGGACCGCGAGGAGGCCAGGCUGUCCCCUCACUGUGGGGGGCGUCUGAUCCGCCAGCUCCUGGAGGAGUCCAGCGACCCGAUGGUCUCCCCUCGGUUUUACGCCUACGGACACUCCCAGCAGUACCUGGAUGACACGGAAGUUCCUCCAUCGCCACCUAACGCUCACUCGUUCAUCAGUCGCAGGCGGAGUUCAUCGCUUGGCUCCUGUGAUGAUGAAAGAGAGGAGCUGACCUCCGCCCAGCUCACAAAGAGGAUUCAUGUACUGAAGAAAAAGAUCCACAGGUUUGAGGAGAAGUUUGAAGAGGAGCGAAAAUACAGGCCCUCCCACAGUGACAAAGCUGGAAACCCAGAGGUGCUGCGAUGGAUGAAUGAACUGGCUAGGCUUCGCAAAGAGCUAAAAGAACACAAGCUGAUGAAGUCUGAGGAGGACCUGACGCCUCAGCCCCGCCAGCGCAGCAACACGCUGCCCAAAAGCUUCGGCUCGCAGCUGGAGAAGAAACCUCAGCAGGAGAAGGCGUCGAAGCCGCCAGUGGAAAGCACCCUGGAAGGAAUUCAGAAGAAGCUGCAGGAGAAGAGGGACGAGGUGAACCGCCCCGAGGACAUCAAGGAUAUGACACGGGAGCAGAUCGCCGCAGAGAAAGUCGCCCUGCAGAAAGCUCUUCUCUACUACGAGAGUAUCCACGGCCGACCGCAGAUGACCAAGAGCGAGAGGCAAAUCAUGAAGCCGCUGUACGACAGAUAUCGCCUGGUGAAGCAGAUCCUGUGUAGAGCCUCCACCAUUCCCGUCAUAGGCUCUCCCUCCAGCAAGCGCAGAGGUCCCCUCCUACAGCCUAUUAUCGAGGGUGAAACCGCACUCUUCUUCGAUGAUAUCAAGGAGGAAGAGGACGGCUCGGAGGACGACGGAGACUCCAAGACCCAGUUCACCGUGACCGUGCGACCCGACAUCGGCGUGUUCAGCUUCCUGGAGCACGCGGACGAGGAAGUGGAUGGUUUCAUUUCACCCGUGGACGACCUUUCCCCGUCCAAGAACACGAUGGACACGAGGCUGUCCAACCUGCACUCAGCUACUAUGCAGGAACUUGUAGAGCAGCUCCAAGAGACGAGAGAGGAAAAGAAGAGGAUUCGCAAGAACUUGAAAGAGUUUGAGGACCAGUUUUUUAGACAAAAUGGAAGGAACGUGCAGAAGGAGGACCGCUCCCCACUGGCUGUGGAGUACAACGAAUACAAGCACGUCAAAGCCAAACUGCGGCUGCUCGAAGUGCUCAUCAGCAAAAGAGACUCAACUAAAUUCAUCUGAAUAAAACAAAGACUCAAUAAGAGGACUGGUGCUGUGUCUCCAGUGUCACAGUCAACACAUCUCACCUUGCUAGAAACAAACAACAUGUUUUCCUCGCUGUUGGAUGCUGUUGACGCGCUCCGUCGAGCUCGGCAGGGUUUCCCUCCAUCAAACCUGCUGCGCCUGGAAAAACGUUGUCGUCGCCGGGCCUCACCUCGAGGAGGGGACGUCACUCCAGACGAAGCAACAUACGCACAAACUAAACUGAAUCACACUUGUAUUGCUGAUAAUUUAUUUUGAAUGUUUGUCUCAUGCACAGCCGUAGAAGUCUUAAAAUAAAAAAAACAAAACACUUGAUAAUUCGGUCAUUAGCUAUAAAAUUGUCGCUGCUUUUUAAGGAUCGUGUGUAUUUUUCUAAAGGAGAUGUUACUCGAUCAUGCUGACAGUACCGAAGUUUAACUUGUGACCACAGCAUUAAAUCCUCUUCCAUUGCUUCUGUAGAAGUUUUAUCGUUUGAAAGAAGUGCUUUCCUCUUUCACUGCGGCCCAAAGACAGCAGCUCAGAGCGCACACAGUGAGACAAAAUCUUUCAUCUCCUUCUGGAAAUCACCCAGUUUUGAGAUGACCACUGACACUUGCUGUGUUUUUGUAUGCAUUAACCUGCUUUCUCCUCAUUUACUUGAUGUUAAAUAAGCUAUCGUCCCCUUUAAAUCACUGCUGUGUUUGCUCACACCGAUUAACACUGACAAGGCCAGUUCUGAGGCGGGCGUGGUCGACGAAGCCUCGUCCUCUGGUCCUCGCUGUAGUUUGUUUGUUUGUAAAUAUGGAUCAUCGUAUAUGUUUACAUUUCUGUGAGCGAGUACUUUAUCCCUUUUUUUUUCUCUCCAAUUUUCUGGAUGGUAAUCAGUGUGAAUUUUGUUUUCACUGAAUGUAAACACUGGCCGGGCUUAAUGAACUGAGUGUGUACAUUUUAGUACAUAAAUUGUAUUUUGUAUAUAAUGUGAAUGAAAUCAUAUUUUUACUGAAGGUU